AACGAAAGACCUUGUGGGAAUUACUCACACAGCGCGCUUCAACGUUGUUGGUUAUUUAGGUUAAACGUAAAUGUGCGCGUAAUAAUUUAAAAACACAUGUAAUGUAAUCAAGUGUAGAUAAAGUGAAGUUAAUACGUUUAUUAAUUAUUAUAAUGAUCUGCUUAAUGGAUUAUUAAAUAGCAUAGACUUUAAUUCUUUUUUUCCAAUUCUAUUCUAAAGUCUAUUCUCUGUGUCUAUGAAUCGUCUGUGGCAUUAACAUUGAUCGUAUUCAUAGUCUUGCGUACAAUCGACCUCGGCUAUAUUUAUAGUAGUACAGUUGGUAUCCCUUGUGACGGAACAUUAUGGCAAAGAGGUUUUUGUCUCCAAUCGUUUUUAAAUUAAACCAUAGCUAUAAUGACAUAAGACCUAUAUUGCAAUGUGUUCACAAUAAAAAACUCCACACUGAGCCGUCAGUAAAAGAAAUACGAAUACCUGUGAAAUGGGGUCACCUAGCUGCGAAGCUAUGGGGCAGCGAGCACGAGCGGCCCAUACUGGCGCUUCACGGAUGGCAGGACAACGCAGGCACUUGGGACCCCUACGCUCCCAUGCUCUGCAAUAAACGCCCGAUACUUGCAAUCGACUUCCCCGGCCAUGGCUUCUCGUCUUGGAUACCAGAUGGGAUGCAUUAUUACCCAUGGGAUCUACCACGAUUAAUUUUAUAUUUAAAAGAUUAUUUCAAAUGGGAUAAAGUGUCGCUGCUGUGUCACUCGAUGGGGUCAAUCGCCGGCAUGCGCUUCGCGAGCGUAUUCCCAGACGACGUUGACUUCUACAUCGCAGUCGACAGUCUUAUUUAUGACGACUACGAUUUAAAUCAAGUAGUAGAGAACUAUUCCAGAAUAUUGAAAAAAUUACAGGCCCUUCAGGACCUGAAAGGUGAACCACCGAGUUAUACGAAGGAAGAAAUGAUUAAAAUAUGGCAUCUGGGUACGACGAAAUCUGUAUCUAAGGAAAGUGUGCCUUAUUUGCUGGAACGCGGCGCCAAAGAAUCUUCAAAGGAACCAAACAAAUACUAUUUCUCGAGAGAUCCACGACUAAAGAAUAUUCUGUUCAGCGCUGAGGACAAGAAACUAGUAGAAACAUUGAUGAAACGACUAAAAUGCCCUACACUUUAUUUUAAAGGCAUAGAUUCCCCAUACGGAGCAGAUGAGUUCUCUGUAGAGAUGCGGGAAACAGUCGCUCAGAAUAAUAGCAAUUUUGAGUGUCAUUUUAUACCCUCCACUCACCAUUUGCAUUUAAAUAAUCCAGAAUUAAUUGAACCCAUAAUACGAAACUUUCUACAGAAGCAUAAUUUUAUAAAGUAGUAAAU